GGGGGUGGCUGGGGACCGUUAGCUCGCCAGCCUGGCAGGCUGCGGGCCACUACUCUGCUGGCAGCCGGGAUGGAGACGAUGCGAGCUCAGCGGCUGCAGCCUGGAGUGGGUACCGGCGGGAGGGGCACUCUUCGAGCGCUGCGGCCCGGCGUGACCGGGGCUGCCGCCACCGCCGCCGCCACACCCCCGGCGGGCCCCCCGCCGGCCCCGCCGCCCCCCGCACCGCCCCCGCCGCCGCUGCUUCUGUCGGGGGCCCCGGGGCUGCCCCUGCCCCCCGGGGCGACCGGCAGCCCCGCGGUGCUGCGGGAGGCCGUGGAGGCGGUGGUGAGGAGCUUCGCCAAGCACACGCAGGGCUAUGGCCGAGUGAAUGUGGUGGAGGCCCUUCAGGAAUUCUGGCAGAUGAAGCAGUCCCGUGGGGCUGACUUGAAGAACGGGGCCCUGGUGGUUUAUGAGAUGGUUCCUUCCAACAGCCCUCCCUAUGUCUGCUACGUCACCCUGCCGGGAGGGAGCUGCUUUGGAAGCUUCCAGUUUUGCCCCACUAAAGCAGAGGCUCGGCGGAGUGCUGCAAAGAUUGCGUUAAUGAACUCUGUGUUUAACGAGCAUCCUUCUCGGCGAAUCACUGACGAGUUCAUUGAGAAGAGUGUGUCUGAGGCCCUGGCAUCUUUCAAUGGAAACAGGGAAGAAGCUGACAAUCCAAAUACAGGGAUCGGUGCCUUCCGAUUCAUGCUGGAAUCCAACAAGGGCAAGUCAAUGUUAGAGUUCCAGGAGCUGAUGACAGUCUUUCAGCUGCUGCACUGGAACGGCAGCCUCAAGGCCAUGAGAGAGAGACAGUGCUCCCGGCAGGAGGUAUUGGCUCAUUAUUCGCACCGGGCCCUCGAUGAUGAUAUUCGCCACCAGAUGGCCUUGGACUGGGUGAGCCGAGAGCAGAGUGUGCCGGGGGCACUGUCCCGAGAGCUGGCCUCCACUGAGCGGGAGCUGGAUGAAGCCCGACUGGCAGGCAAAGAGCUACGCUUUCACAAGGAAAAGAAAGAUAUCCUCAUGCUGGCAGCUGGACAGUUGGGGAAUAUGCAUUCUUCCAACUGUUAGGCCUGCCACCACCUACGCCCCAGUCUCUCCAAGGCCACUCCCUGUUUUUUAAUGUCUCUAAGACAUAGAACAAUUUCUGUAUAUACUUUCUCAAUUUUAUACUUUAAAAUAUAGAUUAUAUAUAUGUAUAUGUAUAAAUCCUACACCUGGACUCCUAUUUGCUGAGAGCUUCCCCUUUUUUUAACUUCCCAUCUUUGCAUAUAGUUUCAUUUGAAACAUUUCCUCUCCUUUUCCAUCGGAAAGAGCAGCCUGUCUUUGGAGCUUUCUUGGCUCUUCAGGUUAACUCUGUGUCAUCAUUUCAAUAGCACAAUGAUUGACU